AUGACCAGCUGGUCGUAUGGCGGUCAGAAAAAGAAGUCAUAUUCUGGUCAGUAAAAAUACAUUAAAAAACAUCAUUUUCAACCAGUUUGCGACCAGAAUAAGAAGUCAUAAAAACAUGUCGUACUGAAGUAUUUUUCUCCCCAAUUUCGUGAUUAUGAGCUUGUCUCAUCGCUGCAACUCCCCAACGGUCUCGGGAGAGGGGAAGACACCCCUUCAGAUUAGUGGAUUUGGCUAUGUCAGCCACACCCGUUGCUGACAGGUUUAUAAAAUCGAGCACACAGCCAUGCAAUCUCCAUAGACAAACAUUGGCAGUAGAAUGGCCUUACUGAAGAGUUCAAUGACUUUCAACAUGGUACCAUCAUAGGAUGACACCCUUAAAACAAGUCAGUUCGUCAAAUUUCUGCCCUACUAGAGCUUCCCCGGUCAACUGUAAGUGCUGUUAUUGUAAAGUGGAAACGUCUAGGAGCAACAACGGCUCAGCCGUGAAGUGGUAGGCCACACAAGCUCACAGAACGGGAUCGCCGAGUGCUGAAGUACGUAGCGCGUGGUCGUCUGGCAUCGGUUGCAACACUCACUACCGAGUUCCAAACUGCCUCUGGAAGCAACGUCAGCACAAGAACUGUUAGUUGGGAGCUUCAUGAAAUGGGUUUCCAUGGCCGAGCAGCUGCACACAAGCCUAAGAUCACCUUGCGCAAUGCCAAGAGUCGGCUGGAGUGGUGUAAAGCUUGCAGCCAUUGGACUCUGGAGCAGUGGAAACGCGUUCUCUGGAGUGAUGAAUCACGCUUCACCAUCUGGCAGUCCGACGGACGAUUCUGGGUUUGGCGGAUGCCAGGAGAACGCUACCUGCCCCAAUGCAAAGUGCCAACUGUUAAGUUUGUUGGAGGAGGAAUAAUGGUCUGGGGCUGUUUUUCAUAAUUCGGGCUAGGACCCUUAGUUCCAGUGAAUGGAAAUCGUAACGCUACAGAAUACAAUGACAUUCUAGACGAUUCUGUGCUUCCAACUUUGUGGCAACAGUUUGGGGAAGGCCCUUUCCUGUUUCAGCAUGACAAUGCCUCCGUGUAUAAAGCGAGGUCCAUACAGACAUGGUUUGUUGAGAUCGGUGUGGAAGAACUUGACUGGCCUGCACAGAGCCCUGACCUCAACCCCAUCAAACACCUUUGGGAUUAAUUGGAACACCGACUGCUAGCCAGGUGUAAUCGCCCAACAUCAGUGCCUGACAUCACUAAUACUCUUGUAUCUGAAUGGAAGCAAGUCCCCACAGCAAUGUUCCAACAUGUAGUGGAAAGCCUUCCCAGAAGAGUGGAGGCUGUUAUAGCAGCAAAGGGGGGACCAACUCCAUAUUAAUGCCCAUGAUUUUGGAAUGAGAUGUUCGACGAGUAGGUGUGCACAUACUUUUGGUCAUGUAGUGUAUAUAUCAUGGUCACAAGGCAUAUGAACUAACGGGUUAUAGAGCAAACAACGCAAUUAUGACAACACAUAGGUUGUUGUAAUAUGGCUUUUUGGGGGGCUUGGCUUCCCCAGUGAUUUUACCCACGCAUCGCUACUGCUCUCUAGUAACUGAUCCGUUGUGAGUAUUGUGAAAUAAUAAUAUUUUAAUGUAGAAAUAAUUUAAUAUAGAAAACUUAUCCGAGAGCAGCGCUGGCUUUCUUUCAAUCCUUUUCUGCAUCGACACAUGCUCCAAAGACGCACUUAACAAACGUUCUCUUUGCAUGGUGUUUUGGGAAACGCAUGUUACAUCUUCAGCUGUUGGAACAAGUGCCAUCGCUAUCGGAAAGGGCCCUGGUCUAUCUGAUGAGAGGGAUGCCAACCUAACCUUGACACCAAACACAUUGCACAUGAUCUAACAACAGACCGACAAAUGCCAUUACUUGUAGGCUAAUACGUUUUUCCUUAUAGCCUACAUGAUACAAAUCUAUCCGUAUUUUCCUAAAUCUUCAAGAGUUCAAAUCAAAUUGUAUUUCUCAAAUUUCUUGUUCAUUUCAUUCCUAGUCCUCUAGAGGGAGUUUCAUUGGAAUGUCGAUAGGAGGGCUAUUCUCCCACAUCGGCGGACAGCUGUUACAACGAGCAGGGAAAACGGUGUCCACCGAUAUAGAGGCAAUCCGAGGCUCAUAACAGGCGCAAAUUAACCCAAUUCCCUUCUUUUGGGAUGAGAGACUGCAACGAACAAAAAUAAUACCAAAUUCUAACUGUAGAUUUGUCUUAAAACGUAUUUUAUUUGGACACAUCAGUCCGCAGUUGGCGUCGUGCAGGGUCCGCCUCAAGCGCAGCGGAGCGAAGAGUUGACAACAGCCAGGAUACAGGCAAGAGGAGACACUGUGGAAUACCCAGCGCCAGGGAGCCAGAGAGCGGACCCGGGGCUGGAUGUAACCGGACUUACCCUCCCCAGCGGUUCGCCAUGGGGGAGACCAAAAUUAUCUAUCAUUUGGACGACCAGGAAACUCCGUACCUGGUCAAGUUGCCCAUCGCUGCGGAAAGGGUUACUCUUGCCGACUUCAAAAAUGUCCUCAAUAAACCCAACUAUACAUUUUUCUUCAAAUCUAUGGACGAUGAUUUCGGGUAA